CGCCCUGGAGGGACGGGACGGGGCUCCCCGGGACUCCCCGCCCGCCCCGGCGUGUCCUCAGCGGGAGGUCAGAGGGGGCCGGGCCGCCGCCAUGCCCUGCCCUGCCCGCCCCGCCUCUCCCUCCGUCCCCUCCCCGCCGGGCAUGGGGCGGCCGCGGCUCUUCGGGCGCCUGAAAGCGGCGGUGCUCGGCGUGGUGCAUGUGGGAGCCCUGCCAGGGACACCAAGAAGUUCUCUUCCAUUGACACAAAUCAUUGAUCAAGCUUGUCAAGAAGUAGAAAUUUACAAGGACGCUGGAGUUGAUGGCUUGAUAGUAGAAAACAUGCACGAUCGUCCUUACACGGUGUGUCCUGGGCCCGAAGUGACGGCAGUGAUGACGGCCAUCAGUGUUGCCGUGAGGCGAGCCUGUCCGCACCUCGCGCUGGGCGUCCAGGUCCUGAGCGCUGCGAAUCAACAGGCGAUAGCAGUUGCUCUCGCUGCAGGUCUUGAUUUUAUCCGAGCUGAAGGGUUUGUGUUUUCUCAUGUUGCUGAUGAAGGGAUCAUAAAUGCCUGUGCAGGUAACCUGCUACGAUACAGAAAAAAAGUUGGAGCAGAGAAUAUUCAGAUUUUUGCUGAUAUUAAAAAGAAGCACAGUGCUCAUGCUCUGACGGCAGAUGUCGGUGUGGCUGAGACCGCGGCAGCUGCCGAGCUCUUCCUGGCUGAUGGGCUUGUAUUGACUGGCAAGGCUACUGGGCUGCCCGCAGAUCCUGGGGAGCUGAAAGAGGUUCAACAUGCUGUGAAGAUUCCUGUGCUGAUUGGGUCUGGAGUGACUAUGGAGAAUGUCAAGAAUUACAUGGAUGCAAAUGCUCUAAUAAUUGGUUCGUAUUUCAAGAAAGAAGGUUAUUGGGCAAACAGUGUUGAUCCUGACCGAGUAAAGAAAUUUAUGGAUCACAUAAGUAAACUGAGAGAAUGAGUGUGUCAAACAGUAUUCUUUUUGUGUGUAUACAAAUGCAGUAUGAUAUAUCACACAGAAUUAAAGCACAAAUAUGCACUUGAGUGGCUAAUAACUUUAAAUUAAAACACACAUCAUCUCCAUAACUAACUGCGGAAUGUGGUGACACUUCACAACGAACUGGUGCUAUGAUGUUUGUUUCUAGGCAGCAGAAUUCUGUAGCACUCAGAGCCAUUGCCAAGACAAAACCAGCUCUCUAAAGACUUUUGUAAUAUAUUCUCUCCUAUAUGCAAAGUGCUUACGGAGUUUAAGAAAUUGUAGUAAAUACUGAUUGCAGGAUGAGCUGCGUUUUGCUUUGCAUGUGAGUACAAUAGGACACCCUAAGUUUACAGCUACCAGUAUUGUAAAUUGGACAAGUUAAUUAGCCUUUCAGUUUCCCCAUCUGUAAAAUGAUGAUAAUAGUACCUACAUCACAGGGGGGUUGUAAGGCAUAAUAAAUGGAUGAAUAUACAGCACUUUCAUCUCCUCAAAUGAAGGGCUCUAUUAAAGUUCAAGAUCAUUAUUUUUUCAUUAGAAUUGUGCAUUUAUUACAAAAAUGUAAUAAUUGUAUACCAUACAAAAAUUUAAGAUAAUUGGGAAAUUGAUUUACUUACAAUACUUAUUAGAGAAUAAAUGUAAAUAUUUAAUUACAUUUUAAGUAGAGUUGGAAUUUAGUCAAAAUGUUUUUGCAAAAAUUGGAAACUUUAUUAAAGGCUUAUUGUUAUUUUCCAGCAAGCUCCUACAGCUUUGUACCUCUUCAGACUAGUAUUAGUGAUGUUUAAAACUGCCAAGUUCCUUCCAAUAUACAAGUUAUAGUUACGAUGGAAUUCUUUCUACCAAAACUGACGGGUAAACAUGGAUUUUCAUUUUUUUUUUUCUGUAAAAUGUAGGGGAAAAAUGUAAUGGUCUAUCUAUAUUGUUAAAGAUACCCCUUAAAUUUGAUCUUUUAGUUCUGAGGAAUACAAAACAAAGAAAAAACAGAACAACAGAAACACAGCAAUGAAUACCGGUUGUAUCAUGGCUGUAUAAAAUGUGGGCAUAUGUUUUCAUUCCUUGGGACUGUGAACUAAGUUUACCCUCUGGGAUCUCUCUCUUGACAUGUAUGCAUCAGGCUUCUGCUGAUGCUAAUGAAAGUUAUAUUGUACAUAUCAAAGCGAGUAUACAAACAUAUUUUUUUCUGUCAGCUGGCAGAGUGCCCAUGCUUCUCUGAACAAAAGAUACAUCCUCCUUCCAAAGACAAAAGAGUUUUUUUUCAAGAAAUUUAGCUUCAUUAACAGAAUGGUGAUUCUAAAACAUCACAGCAUGAGAUCAUGUCUUCUCUUCGGGUUCCUUUUUUCUGGACUAGCCUGUUUCCCACAUGAUUGCCAUUAAAAGCAGACAUAUAACUUUAGUGCAUUGACCUCCUAGAGAAGGGGUUGUUUAGACCCUAUAACAACCUUGGCAUUUUUCUGCUUAUAUCCCUUUUCCUUCUAAGUAUGCUGACAAAAUUUCAAUCCAUAAACAUCCUUUCAGGUGUCUCUUUAUUGUGGGCAGCACUACUUUUUCUGAGUCCACACUUAUACAUGUGAUUUAAUGUUCUGAGUAUUGUUUUUGAUGGAAGUCCAAACAGUUUUUCCAUCCCAAACAAUGUCCAGAAAGUAGGAGCAUUUGUGGAUUUAUUUAAAUAAAUACAUUUUUCCCCUACACACUCAUUCACCAUUAGUAUAUUUUGGUGUAUUUAUCAAUUAAACCAUUGAUCUGGUUUGAUAAGUUCUUAGCAUAACUAAUCAGUUCCAUCUUAUGGCCUCUUUAUUAUGAAAAAUGCCACAUUAA